AUGUCUUCAAUUGAACAAGUUAACGAAGUCUUUGACACCAUUCUGGUGUUGGAUUUCGGUUCUCAGUACUCUCAUUUGAUCACUAGAAGACUAAGAGAGUUCAACAUCUAUGCCGAGAUGUUGCCAUGCACACAGAAGAUCGCUGACUUGCACUUCAAGCCAAAGGGUGUUAUCAUGUCUGGUGGUCCAUACUCUGUGUAUGCCGAGGAUGCCCCACACGUUGACCACGCCAUCUUCGACCUAGGUGUUCCUAUCCUUGGUAUCUGCUACGGUAUGCAGGAACUUGCCUGGAUCAACGGUAAGCAAGUUGCCCGUGGUGAGAAAAGAGAGUACGGUCCAGCCACUUUGAAUGUGUUGGACAAGGAAGACGCUUUGUUCAAGAACGUCGACCACUCUACCGUCUGGAUGUCCCACGGUGACAAGUUGCACGGUCUGCCAACCGGUUUCAAAGUCAUCGCUACUUCUGACAACUCCCCAUACUGUGGUAUUGUCCACGAGUCCAAGCAAAUCUACGGUAUCCAAUUCCACCCAGAAGUCACACACUCCAGCAACGGUAAGACUUUGUUGAAGAACUUCGCCGUUGACUUGUGUCACGCCAAGCAAAACUGGACCAUGAAGAACUUCAUCGGUACCGAAGUGCAAAGAAUCAGAGACCUAGUCGGCCCAACUGCCGAAGUCAUCGGUGCUGUCUCUGGUGGUGUCGACUCCACCGUCGCUUCCAAGUUGAUGACUGAGGCCAUUGGUGACAGAUUCCACGCUAUCUUGGUCGACAAUGGUGUUCUAAGAUUGAACGAAGCCGCCACUGUCAAGAAGACUUUGGUUGAUGGUCUAGGUAUCAACUUGACCGUUGUUGAUGCUGCCGACGAGUUCUUGGACAACUUGAAGGGUGUUACUGACCCAGAAAAGAAGAGAAAGAUCAUCGGUAACACUUUCAUUCACGUUUUUGAAAGAGAAGCUGAAAAGAUCAAGCCAAAGGACGGUAAGGCCAUCGAGUUCUUGUUGCAAGGUACCCUAUACCCAGAUGUCAUCGAAUCAAUUUCCUUCAAGGGUCCAUCCCAAACCAUCAAAACUCACCACAACGUCGGUGGUCUAUUGGAAAACAUGAAGUUGAAGUUGAUCGAACCAUUGAGAGAACUGUUCAAAGAUGAAGUCAGAGAAUUAGGUGAGCUUCUUGGUAUCUCUCACGAGCUUGUCUGGAGACACCCAUUCCCAGGUCCAGGUAUCGCUAUCAGAGUUCUAGGUGAAGUCACCAGAGAACAAGUCGAAAUUGCCAGAAAAGCUGACCACAUAUACAUUGAAGAAAUCAGAAAGGCUGGUUUGUACGACAAGAUCUCUCAAGCCUUUGCUUGUUUACUUCCAGUCAAAUCUGUCGGUGUCAUGGGUGACCAAAGAACUUACGAACAAGUCAUUGCUUUGAGAGCUAUCGAAACGACUGACUUCAUGACCGCUGAUUGGUACCCAUUCGAACACAGCUUCUUGAGAAAGGUUGCUUCCAGAAUUGUGAACGAGGUCGACGGUGUCGCUAGAGUUACCUACGAUAUCACUUCAAAGCCACCAGCUACGGUUGAAUGGGAAUAG